UUUCUGUGCAGUAUUGUUUGUCUUGACAUAACUCGUACUAUUGCUUUUCCUACUUGAAAAGAUGGAGCACAGUUUUGCUGAACUACUCAUUGAUGCUUUUUCAGAAACAGCAGUCCCAUCUUUCUCUGAUGGAGAUUUGGACUUUGAGAACAUACAUUUUGAGGAUAAAUGUGAGGAAGACGAAACAGACAUCUGUGCAGAAAACGUACUUGCAAAAGAAGAUGAGGUUUUGCAACAGGAAGCAACGGGUCAAACUGCAGUUUUGUCUUGCAUGAAAUCUCAAGAUACACGCACAGAAGUUGUUGAAAAGCAGUAUGAUGAUAUAAGCGACAAUGAGGAUUUUGAAGGUGCAGGGGUAAGGAGCAGCUUCAAAAUACUCGAGGAAGAUUAUACAAGCUCAGAGUCCGAACAGGAAGGAUCCGUCUCUGGGCAAUACGAAGUGGCUGAGGCAGAGGAUAUGGGAACAGGAGCACAACCAGAGUCUUUUUUUAGGUCAGUUAGCUGCAGCGAUGAGUUUUGUGUCGGUAAUAAAGAGGACAGGGUCUUUGCUGAGGGACAACCUCUGGCCCUGGAGGGUGCUGAAAACCCUCAAGUUAGAAAAGAGGAGCAAGGUGAGGGUGAGGGUGAUGAGGAGGUGUCCUAUUUUGAGAGAGUCCCUGAACGUAGCAAUGAGAUGAUGUUAAGAGGUGAUGGGAUAAGAGAGGAAGAUGAGCAAGAAAAGGAAGAGGACUUGUGUGACUCUGAGUGCGAGGGCAUGAACAUUGAACAAGAAUAAAACGUGCAGUGCUUUGGGCAGGAGUUUGAAAAUACUUGCGGAGAUGAAGCAGCAAAAGCCAGUUUGGAGUUUCCAGAAAUAUCGGUUCAAAAUCUGAAGGAUCUUAUUGCUGAAGUUAAUGGUGAUGAAAACGGAGAGAAAAUGAAGGAAUUCUCAGGGGAGGAGCACCAAGACGCAGGUGAGAGCUUUGCAGAUUAUCCCUCAGACUUUUCUUCAUGUGAAUAUGUAGGAGAUGAAGGAAAAAGGCAAGAGUCAAACGCCUUGGCUUGUGCAUCUGACAGCGAAACAACUGGAAAGCAAAACACCGGCCUGGAAAAAUAUGUGACAGAUCUAAUAUCAGAUGUAGCAUGUAUGGGAAAAGAUGAGGACACUGAGGAGGAGGGAGGCAGGUAUCAGUGCAGCAGAGAUUCAGAGGUGUAUGAGUGCAGGAGAUUGGAUGAAGCAACUGGAGAAAAAGAGCUUGAGGAGAAUGUGUGGGUUGAAGCAGCUGUGGCAGAGGUAGAGGAUGGAAGUGAGACAGGUGAGAAUGAUUCCUACACCUCCAGCGAUGAUUAUGUCCAAGAAAAGAGGAGCGAUGAGGAACUCUUUGACAUUACGCCUCUACAAGAGCCUGAAAGCAACAAGAAACUGGAGGACACUCAAGAUGGGGACAGUGCAGCGUCUUAUGACGAGUACAAAAGGGAGGAAGCAGCUGAUUUCAGCAUAAAUUGGAAUCUAGACGUGUUAACAGCUCAUCUGUCUGAAGACCUAUUAACUACAGAGGACAUAGACGAGGUGAAAACACCACUUUCAGAUGUGACUCGGCGUCCUGCGGCAGAAGACGUCCACAGCUACUCAGUGGUACAGAGAGGGGAUACAAAACAAACAACAAGCCCUUCUAUCAGGGGUUCGCUGGAUGAUGACUUCUUCUUCAACACUGAAGCCUGUGAGAUCACCGAGCUAGGACAGUUAGGAGAAGAUGAGUCGGAAGAGGAAAGGAACUGGGAUGAACAGGAGAGAAUCAGGGCCUUCUACGAGUAUUAUGAUGACAGCAAUGAAGAGACUAGAAGAAGAGAGAGGCAGAUAAAAGUUCAGUUUUGUGCAGAUCCAUUGUCUCAAGUCAUUCACUAUGAAACCGACGAGUGCAGUGACAGAGAUUCACACAGCAGCUCCACUGAAGGGGAGGAGGACCUGAGUUCUGCAGAAACAUCUGAGGAAUUUAGGGAGAUCGACGUCAGCAGGGAAAUGACUCCGGCCUGUGAUACUUUAUACACUCAACCACCAGAGAACAUGCUUGAUAUCAGCGACACACACAUUUGUAGCAGGAAACAAAAAUGUUUCAACGUGCUGAAGCUGACACUGAAGAUGUGUGUGGUGAUUCUGACCGGACUGCUGAUGUUCUGGUUGGCCUCAGACCAAGCCGGCUGGUUCAUAUAAAAUAUGCUUUUGUUAAAAUGAAGUGAUAAACAUUUAAACGUGUGUUUUGUUGACUGUAACGUGCAAUUUUCUGCUAACUAAAGAUGUGUAUAUGCUAACAAUGAGGCAUGUAUUUGUUUAAACUGUAGAUAAGUCAAAAUGAUCACAUUUGGUAAGAAAUAUAGAUGUAUUAGAAGGAUUAAAAAGGCCUAUUUCCAGGCACUCUUAAUGCAAUAUAGUGGGAAAAUAUUCAGUAAAUUAACUACUUUUUUGAGAUACAUGUGGUGCUUGAGUAGUCCUUUGCUUCUGCUUUUAAUAAAUAUGAUACUUCUGACAAUUAUAUUUACCAGUAACUUUGCAGAUAAGAUAUUUAACAAACAAAAUAAACUUUGAAUAUAUUAUGAAA